AUGUUAUAUAUUAAAUCAGCCAAAAAGACACGAGAUGAAGUAGAUAAUGAAUCUUCUAUAUUCUCUGAUAAUUCUUCAGAACAUAUUAAAAAUACAAAUACAGAAAGUGUUGCUUUGAUAGAAAGCAUCUCAUAUGAUAAUAUUUUAGAAAAUAUUGAUAAUACAGAAAGUGUUGCUUCAAUAGAAAAUAUCUCGUAUGACAAUAUUUCAGAAUAUAUUGAUAAUACAGAAAUUGUUAUUUUGUCAGAAAGCGUCUUAAAUAAUAAUAUUUUAAAAUAUAUUGAUAAUAUUAAAGAAGAACAAAAAACUGAAAGCUCUAACAGUCUUAUCUUACCAGAAAUGUUGAUAAAUAAGUAA